AAUGAGUUGGGAUGCCAAACUUCCAAUUUGACCUCUGUUUGCUUUUUCAUUUGUUGGUCAAAACACCCCUCUUGCACAUCUCACGUCUAUCUUCUGUCUCACUCGCAUUUCUACAAACGAACUGACUCAGAGAAAGGACGCAGCUGACAGCCCUCAAGAUUAAAAUUCCGAAAGAAGAAACGCUCGUAGGCAUCAAAUCAGCAACAGAAGUUCGAAUUGAAGGCAGUAGUUGAAAUGAAGAAAGAAGGAGCCGAGGAAACAAGUAUGGAGAUAGUGAAGAAGUUUUUGGAGAAAGAAGGUGAAAUGGCAAUCGCCAUGGAUGGUCUGCCCGACAAGUUCUUUGAGCCCUUCAUCCUGAAAGGCGUUAAUAUCGAUCUCCUUGAACCCGGACACAUUGUUUGCUCCUUCACAGUUCCCCCGCGUUUGGUGAGGGGCAAUUUCUUGCACGGUGGAGCCACAGCAACCCUUGUGGAUUUGAUAGGAUCAGCUGCAAUCCUCUCCUCUGGAGCUCUCAGUUCCGGAGUUUUGGUGGAGAUCAAUGUGUCGUACUUGGAUUCGGCUUAUCCUGGCGAGGAAGUUGAGAUCGAGUCCAGGACGUUACGUGUCGGGAAGACUGUUGGUGUUGCUAGUGUUGAGAUCAGGAAGAAGAAGACUGGGAAGAUUGUUGCUCAGGGCCGUCAUACAAAGUACCUUGCUGUUUCUAGCAAACUCUGAACAGCUAGGAAUUUGAACCAAGACAUGCUAUUCGGUCAGUGUUAUGUCAAGAUUUUUCGACAUCGAAUAAUUUUUCUGGAGUGAAUGUAAUACAAGCAACGCUCAGUUAAUUUCACUCUGACUGAUACAAAUAGCUAAGAACAAUACAAUAUUUCGCAAA